AUGGAUUCCCAGAGCAUUCGUGACCUUGAGUCGGAGAAGAAGAUUUGGUCAGGUCAAUGUCGUGUCUCUAGAAUGUGGCUUGGGGUGAAUGUACAUACAGACAAAGUUCUCCAUUUGGACCUCAUUCUGAUGGAUUCAAAGGGCAAUGAUAUCUGGGUACAAAUCCCUCCUGUGUUGAUAAAAAAGUUUAAGAAGUUGCUGAAGGAGAACCAUGUUUACAUUAUCAAGAACUUCGAUAUCAAUACAACUGGACUGAAAUAUCGACCUAUUGGGAAUCCAUAUUUGAUACAAUUUAGUAGGAAGACAACUGUUCAUCAUGUUCCUGAAGUUCAUGCAAUUCCAACCUUCAAAUUCAGUUUCCUAAAUGCAAGUCAGAUGGCAGGCAAAUUGGGUCAUGUUGUUAUCCUUUCAGUACUGUGCAACCAGAGCUGCCUGUCUUUGUGGAACCACCGCCACCUCCUCAAUUCCCUGUUAUUUCACUUUCUGAACUUUUGCAAUUACAAGAGGAUCCAGACCAGGAGAUACCGUGUUCAACUUGAAGUUCAAAGUGAUUUGAAGUCAGCAGUAUUUGUACUCUUUGAGUAUGAAGGGAAGCGGUACUUUGGAUUGAGUGGUCAUGAACUAUUCCAGAAAAAUGGGCAGAAUGAUGACUUGCCACCUGAUGAAUUGCUUCAAUUGGUAGGUCUGACCAAGAAAUUCCAUGUCAAAUUCAAGAUCAACCUUUUUGCUGAUUCCCAAGCUGAUUUUACUGUGCUGAGAAUACUAGAACCCACCCCAAAGGGAGAAGGUUAUAUGAUUCACAAAGAUGGAUCAUCUUCAUCUAUUGCGAGUGGGCCUGCAUCUUCUCAACCCUCCUCUGAUCAGUCUGGACAGUCUGCUACUGAAAAAUCGAUUGAAACACCAGUGGACUCUGAUGCUAAUCGAGACAACAAACUGAAGAGGAAGAUGCCCCUGGAGUGA